AAUAAUCAAUAUUGCUGUCUCCUGUGCUGCAUCUUCUCUCUCUAACCAAACCCACACACAGACACACACACUAUAUUUGUUGCCAUAAUUGUAUCACGUAACUUUACACCUUCAUUUCCCCCAUUGCUAUAAUUACUGCCAAUUAAAUUCAAGAACUCAUCUUUUGAAGGGCUCUUCAGCUUGAAGCUGCCGCGAGCAAACACUACCCACGAUUUCGGGUCCCUUUUUGCAGAGGAAUCUCGAUUUUCCAGCUCGAAUUGAAGCAGGGGGUUGAUGGAGCCGGAGAACUGGGAUUCCAAGUCCAGAAUGGAGGAUUAUGAAGUCAUCGAGCAGAUUGGAAGAGGUGCUUUUGGAGCUGCCUUUCUUGUGCUCCACAAGACCGAGAAGACGAAGUAUGUGCUAAAGAAGAUUCGAAUUUCGAAGCAGACUGAGAAGUUCAAGCGCACGGCUCACCAAGAGAUGAACUUAAUCUCAAAAUUACAACAUCCAUAUAUUGUGGAAUAUAAGGAUGCUUGGGUGGAAAAGGGAAGUUACAUUUGCAUUCUGACCAACUACUGUGAAGGUGGAGACAUGUAUGGGAUCAUAAGGAGGGCAAGAGGAUCAUAUUUCUCUGAGGAGAAAAUAUGCAAGUGGCUUACCCAACUUUUGUUGGCUAUCGACUACCUGCAUUCCAAUCGAGUCCUUCAUAGGGAUCUCAAGCUGUCAAACAUAUUUCUGACAAAGGAAAAUGAUAUCCGUGUUGGUGACUUUGGGCUAGCAAAACUUCUCAACGAGGAGGAAGGCCUUGCUUCUUCGGUUGUUGGAACGCCGAAUUAUAUGUGCCCAGAGCUUCUUGCAGACAUCCCAUAUGGCUAUAAAUCAGACAUAUGGUCACUAGGUUGUUGUAUGUUUGAGAUUGCUGCACACCACCAAGCAUUCAAAGCUACAGAUAUGGCUGGACUUAUAAACAAGAUAAACAGAUCUUUGAUCUCUCCACUUCCCAUUAUCUACUCUUCCACUCUAAAGCAGAUCAUCAAGAGCAUGCUGAGGAAGAGCCCGGAGCAUCGGCCAACGGCUGCGGAGCUGCUUAGACACCCGCAUUUGCAGCCCUUCCUCCUCCGCUGUCACAAUCCGUCAACAGUGUUUCUUCCAGUGAAGUCCCCGUCUCCAAGCAAGAUCAAUGAGAAAACGGCGAAAUCCUCGCCUAGAAGCUCGUCCGGUUCUAGGAAAGAGCCUAGGGGGAGAGAGUUGAAGAUGAAACAAAGGGAGCUGCUCCCAUUGUUCGAUGAGAAUGCAGAUAUGCCUUAUCCGAAACUAUCAGAUGGUGACGAGUUGGUGGAAUACAAACUCGAGACAAAGAGAGUCGACCCCACGAGCUAUUCAGGGAAGAUCUCCCACGACAGUGAAGACUCCAAGAGCGGAGAUGCGAGCUGUGAGACCACAGCUUGCAACGGAGAUGAUCUGGAAAUGCCACCAAACGAAGCUCGUUCACACGAGCAAGACACGCAUUCCCCCAGCUGUGCUGCUCAACAGGUUGGCGAAGCUCGUGAAAGUGUAAAGACAGAAGCAGACACAAAUGCAGACGACGCUGCAGUCAAGAUAUGCAGCGAAACAGCUGAAUCCAACACGGUUUCCUUUAGUCAUGAAGGCGUCACGCCAUCAACUGAAGAAGCUGUGGUCUCCAACGUCGUUGAUGAGACCAAGGCGGAGCCCUCAAGCGAAACGAAGGAAGAUGAGAAUGAAGGCACACAGCACGUAGUAGGGAAAGCAUCACCGGGCGAUGAUGCAGCUGAAGUAGUAGAGGAAGGUAAGGGCGAUCCCGAGGCAGCUGUGCCACGACGAGCCGAUGCCUUGGAGUCGUUGCUUGAGCUGUGCGCACGUCUGCUCAAACAAGAUAAGUUCGAUGAGCUAUCGGGCGUGCUCAAGCCGUUCGGGGAAGACAUGGUGUCUUCCAGAGAAACAGCAAUCUGGCUUACAAAGAGCCUAAUGAAUGCACAGAAUUUGCCAAAGGAGUCUUGAUUGUUCAAGCGUUAGGGACAUGAUCAAGAACUUGAGACUUCUGAUUAUUUAGAAGAAGUGUGUGUGUGUGUGUGUGUGUGUUUUUCUGGGCUUGAAUGUGUAAUUACUUUGCCUGAAAGAUUGGUGUUGUUUUUUUAUCAGGAAACAUGUGCUACUUUUUUUUA